UCGACAUACAUAUGCCAUGUUCGUGUUCAUGCAAGAAUCGCAACUCUGUUGAUCCUGCAUCUCUCUUUGCCUUGCUGCAUCAUAUCGUGGUCUUUGGGAGGAUACACAGGCCUCAUUUUGUUCAUUGCACUGGUUGCUUCCAUAUUCGUUGCCUUACGAUCAUCGCAUUCGUCGCGCUGGUCGCUAUACCAUUCAUUUUCCUACAAUAGCGUUCCCUAUAUCAACGCGCUGGCACAGAGAAGACACACGAGCAGAAUAGCAGACGACGACACCAUCUCCAUCAUGAAAUUCACAACGCGGAGCGUCAACGACGCCUUCCCCAUCUCUGGCCCCAACCCGCCAACAUUCCCACCACCACCUCAACCCUCACGCUCUCGCCAUCCAGCAUUACGCCGACUACACAGGUUUCGGAUUGUCGGUCAACCGAUCACGCUCGUCCUAGUCUUCACCACCCUCAUCCUCAAUGCCAUCUACGCCUACUGCGUGGCCAAACCUCACAAAUCCGACACCACCGCCAGCACCGCAAGCACAGAGUCAUCUACGGUGACAGCCUUACUCAUCUACACCCUCACCACCCCGGCAAUCAGCCUAUUCCACCUGACCGCCGACCUCCUCACCAACCACACCAAUCCACAGCACCUGAGCACAAAGCUAGCAUACAAGCUCCUGCUGCCCACCACAGCUCUGUUGACAGCAGGCUGGGCAGCGUCUGCCUCAAUCUGGAUGCACUGCGAGAUCCCAGCGUUCAACAAAUCCGGCCGAAAUGUCUGCCCACCCCAAGUCCGCGGGCACUUCAUGUACGGCAUUCACGAAGUCAGCAUUGCAAAGACGGCGAUAAGCUGGACCAUCUUCGUCCUGUAUGCAGUAUAUCUACUCAUCCUGGUCGGCGGGUAUAAAGCGCAGAAACGCGUGUGGAGAAUCGCCGCGAAGACGGGCGCUGACUUCGAGCACGGCGACGCCACGGAGAUUGUGGUGAGUGUUUGAUCACCAGGAGUUAUCAAUCACAAACCUACAGUACUUCUUCCUCUGCAUGGUCGUCCCACAGAAUAGUUGAAUAGGAGGGCUCUGCUGUGCACUGCUAGAGGGAAAGAGGGUUUGUCUAUGUACAACGUCGCCACGAUCUUCGAGUUAAGCAGGGGAUUACAAAUGUACAAAAAGUCAAAGCGCUGGAGUUAAGAGCAACAAA